CACACACACGCAGUUAGUUGCCAGCUGGUUGUAAGGGAGCUCGGAGCUUUUUAAUUCUUCCCUCGUUACACGGUCCACAGCAAACACACACACACGCACACACACAAACGCGCUCACGCACGCGCGCUCUACACGCGAGAGUCAUCAGUGAGCUGCAGAAGAGUUGGCGACACCUUUCUUGCGCUCGUGCUUCAUCAUCAUCAUCAUCAUAAUAAUAAUAAACAACAAUAACAACAACAGCAGCAGCUUUGAUCGUGGAGAGACGCAGUGUGACUCCGGUUCAGCAGCAUGGACGCACACCGGGAGCAGGAGGAGAUUAAAGCAUCACCGGGACACGGGUCUGUCCGCGCGCACCGCUGGCCCUCUCUCACCGCCGGCGCCGCCGCCGUGUGUCUCGCGCUGCUGCUCGCGACUCUGGCCACGUGCUGCCUCACGGUGAUUAGAGCGCGCGAGAUGGAGAGCAGGGUGCUCGCGCUGGAGCGCAGGAGCAGCGCUGGCCCGGCGCCUGGGGAGCUGCGCGAGACCGUGCGGAGCCUCGUGCAGGAGACGCUGAGCGAGCUGAUGCCCAAACUGCGCAGGACAAGAGAAGUGAACCACGAGUGCGUCUGUCCUCCAGGUCCUCCAGGAAAGCGUGGCAGGAUAGGAAGACAAGGAAAUCCUGGACCGCCAGGGAAAUCUGGACGCGAUGGCUACCCGGGGCCUCUCGGCUUGGACGGAAAACCUGGUCCUCCUGGGCAAAAAGGAAGUCAGGGGCCACCUGGACAAAAAGGAGAUAAGGGUGACCAGGGAGAGAUUGGGCCACGGAUGGUCUUUCCUCGCUAUGAUCACGGCUUCAUCUCUGCCGAGCAGCCCACGUUCCAGAGACGUAUGCUGAAGGGUGACCAAGGCCAGACUGGUCCACCAGGUCCUCCAGGCCCACCUGGACCCCCUGGACCAAGAGGGCCUCCUGGGAACACUGGGAAAGACGGACCCCGGGGUCCACCUGGAGAACAAGGUUUCCCUGGAAUUGAUGGAUAUCAGGGACUGAGAGGUUUACCAGGUGAUCCGGGUGAAGAUGGUCAACCAGGCCCGCAGGGACCCCCAGGGUCAAAGGGAGAAUCCGGUGAACCAGGAGCCAAAGGUGAACGGGGCAUGGACGGCCUCCCUGGUCUUAAAGGAGACAAAGGAGAAGUCGGAGAAACUGGACCUCAGGGAGAAACAGGUCCACAGGGUGAGAAAGGUGCAACGGGCUCAAGUGACGUCAUCGCCUUCAACGACAAACUACUAGAUGCUUUUCAGGGACCUCCCGGUCCUCCAGGUCCUCCAGGACCCCCAGGAGUUCCAGGAAAGGACGGAACUAAGGGAGAACUGGGCUUACCUGGAAUAGCUGGAGUUGAUGGAGAGAAGGGAGAUAAAGGAGAUGCUGGAGAACCAGGAAGCCCUGGAGAAAGAGGAGAGAAAGGAGAGAUGGGACUCUCUGGACCUGCUGGAAUGGAUGGACAGAAAGGAGAGAAAGGAGACAGCAGACUAGAAGACAACCUGGUUCAGAUGAUUUCUCAGCCAGGGCCACCGGGCCCUCCAGGCCCAAGAGGACCCCCGGGAUUUAUGGGUCAUCCUGGUAUUCCUGGUCCAAAGGGUGAUGCAGGAGAGUGUGUUAAAGGAGAGAAGGGAGACAGAGGAGUUCCGGGAAUCCAGGGUCCUCAGGGCCCACAUGGCCUCAUGGGUCCUGCAGGGUUGGUCGGCCUUCCGGGAUCCAAGGGUGAAAAAGGAAAACAAGGAGAGGUGGGAUUAGACGGCUUCCCUGGUCUUAAAGGAGACAAAGGAGAGACGGGGGCUAAAGGAGAAAAGGGCGACCGUGGGAAUGUAGGCAAGAGAGGACUGAAGGGACAGAAGGGAGAGCAGGGUCCGCCCGGCUUAGACCAGCCCUGCCCUGUGGGUUCUCCCGGAUGUAAAGGCCAGGCAGGGGAGAGCGGGCAGGCUGACGCCGGGGCUCCGUGCCGGCUGGGUCCAGACGGACUUCCAAUACCAGGCUGCUGGCACAAGGACGAAGGGAUGAUGCAGAGGAUCAAGCGAAAGCGUCUGUCGCAGCCUUGAACACGGAGUCAAGGGAGCGAAUUAAUCACACAGGAGCGUCUUCGUGAUGAACUGUAGCCUGGAGAAGUGCCCUAGCUUUGUAGGGCGCAUGGGAACGUUAUGGCUCUUGUCAUGGUCACUGGCGUCCAGCGAGGAUGUUUUGACACUAGCACGUCACUGGCUGAUGGCUGAUGGAUGGAAAGGAUGAUUUUAAUGUUCAUAAAUGCCAGCAGCUUGGGGUCGAGAGUGUCUGAAAUGAUAUCGAAGAGCUAACUCAUAGCUAACUUUGAGUACCAUUUGUUGAUUUGCUAUGGUUAUUAGCAUACGCUUUUUAAUUUGCAGAAAUGAACUGGUGUUUCAUCGCUCAGUUUUUGGAUUAGUGUGUAACUAGAUUAUUAUUAUUAUUAUUAUUAUUAUUAUUAUUAUAUGUACACUAUUACUAGAUUGUAUUAUAUUUUUCUAACAUUCUGUCAUACUAAUUGAUCAUAUUGUUGGGAUUCUUAUAUUACUAUUAAUUGUGACUUUUGAUUUCAUUUAACAUCACGUUCAGUCUUUUUUAUCUAUUAUUAAUUUAUAUUAUAUAUGAGUAUAUGGUGUAUUAUCGAAUAAUUGCUAGAGAUGCAUCAAUAUAAUAAUAUUGUUUGGUUACUCAUCACAAGAAAUGAAAUAAGUAACCUACUUUCAUUUACGCAAACAAGAAUGUUACGUGAUUUUAUUUAGCUCUGGUUUAAAUACGUGCCAUGAAACGUUAACAUACAGCAUACAGGCUACUAAUAAGCAACUAGCUACUAAAUACUUUGAAUACUUCGGAAAAGCGUCUCUAAACAGUUGCAAUUAUAUUACCUUACAUUGUCAAUAAAGCAUAGUGACUGAUCGACAAGAACAA